ACAAGAAGGCAAGAAGCGGCUAAAAGAAGACAAAAUGAACUUUUCUUUCUCAGUGAGGAAUUCGUUGUGGAUGUGUUUUUUUCUUCUGGGUGUCGUCAUGAUAUGCUUCGGUGGCCCUGGGCUCUCAGUGGAUGUAGACAGUCCGGUUGAGUCUCAAAGUGGAGCUGCACCGACGCAAGAAGGUUACUUCCUGGAGGUGGUGGAGCCAGUCAACAACAUCACACACUUCCAGGGCCAGACAGCCACGCUGCACUGCAAAGUGGUUGGGAACCCACGACCGAUCAUACGCUGGCUUAAAAAUGACGCGCCGGUGGUCCAGGAGCAAGGACGCAUCACUAUUCGCAAAACUGAGGCAGGAUCCAAGCUUCGCAUCCAGGACCUGGACACCACAGACACUGGUUACUAUCAGUGUGUCGCCUCCAACUCGCUCAAAGUCAUCUCAGCCACAGGGGUGCUUUACGUCAAAUUAGGACAGAUGCCGACGCAUGGACCAGAUGAUUCGUCACAAGAAAAAGGUUUCUGCCAGCCAUACCGUGGCAUUGCUUGUGCACGCUUCAUCGGCAACCAGAGCAUUUAUGUGGAGUCUCUGCAGAUGCAAGGAGAAAGUGAAAACCGCAUCACAGCUGCCCUCACAAUGAUUGGCACCUCCACUCACCUGUCAGAUCAGUGUUCCAAAUUUGCCAUUCCGUCCUUCUGCCAUUACGUUUUCCCGCUAUGUGAUGAGGGAUCCCGCAGUCCUAGGCGACGUCAACUCUGUCGGGACGAGUGCGAGGCCCUUGAGAAUAAUCUGUGCCAUGCCGAGUACAGCGUUGCCCGAGCCAACCCCAUGAUCCUGAUGCAGCUAGAGCUUCCACGCUGCCACCUGCUGCCUCGGCCUGGCACACUCGAUGCUGCUUCCUGUAUGAGGAUAGGCGUGCCGUCCGAAAAACUACACACACAGUACCCAACAGACCAGAGCUGCUACAACGGAAGUGGUGCUGACUAUAGGGGCACCGUCAGCGCCACAACAUCAGGUCAUCACUGCCAGCCGUGGAGCACUCAGUACCCUCACAGUCACCAUCUGGUCCAGGAGUACCCUGAACUAUGGGGCAGCCACAACUACUGUCGCAACCCAGGAGGCCAGAUGCAAGCUCCCUGGUGUUUCACCUUGAACCCCCGGGUCAGGGUAGACAUUUGUGACAUUCAGCCUUGCGAAGCUCCAGAGAACCCCAGAAAGGAGAUACUGUUUAUUCUUAUCCCUGCCAUUGCCGUCCCUUUGAUCAUCGCUUGCCUCUUCUUCCUGGUCUGCAUGUGUCGAAACAAGCUGAAGACACCGAGUGACAUGCCUCCUCGCUGUCAGUCCAGCAGCUCAUCCAAACAAGAUAUAGAGCUAUCCCUCCUCAACCAGCAGAAAAAUCAGGCAAAGCUGCGGGAGAUCAAUGUGUCAGCUGUUCGAUUUAUGGAGGAACUGGGUGAGGAUCGCUUUGGCAAGGUUUACAAGGGUCAUCUGUACGGCACUGCACCUGGUGAGCCAACACAGGUGGUGGCCAUUAAGACACUAAAGGACAAGAUUGAUCCCAUCCUGGCUGAGGAAUUUCGCCAUGAGGCCCUGCUCCGCUCUCACAUUCAGCAUCAGAAUAUUGUUUGUCUUGUGGGCGCGGUCACUAAGGAGCAGCCAAUGAACAUGAUCUUUACGUAUUCCAGCCUUGGAGACCUCCAUGAGUACCUGGUCAUGCGCUCCCCCAACUCGGACGUUGGCAGCUCCGAUGAUGACAGGACGGUAAAAUCCACAUUGGAGCCAACAGAUUUCCUUCAUGUCGUCACCCAGAUUGCUGCUGGAAUGGAGUAUCUUUCCAGCCAACAAAUUGUCCACAAAGACCUCGCAGCUCGGAAUAUUCUGGUUUUUGACAAACUUGGCAUUAAGAUUCUAGAUCUGGGUCUCUUGAGGGACGUCUACUCAGCCGAUUAUUACAAUCUGAUGGGAACAAGCUCUUUUCCAAUUCGCUGGAUGUCACCUGAGGCUAUCAUGUAUGGAAAGUUCUCCACAGACUCUGACAUCUGGUCUUACGGUGUUUUGCUGUGGGAGACCUUUAGUUACGGUCUGCAGCCGUAUUGUGGCUACUCCAAUCAGGAUGUGAUUGAUAUGGUGCGCAGCCACCAGGUAUUGCAGUGUCCUGACGACUGCCCGGCCUGGAUAUACACCUUGAUGCUGGAGUGCUGGAUUGAAUUCCAGGCAAGAAGGCCUCGCUUCAAGGACAUUCACACGCGUCUGCGCUCUUGGGAGAGUCUUUCAAACUACAACAGCUCUGCUCAAACUUCCGGCACCAGCAACACCACCCAGACCAGUUCUCUCAGCAUCAGCCCAGUGAGCAACAUCAGCAUGAGCACAGUGAAUGCAUCACGCUACCAAAGCCCCAAAAAGAGUUCCCCCUUCCAUCAAGCCCAGUUUAUACCAAUGAAAGGUCAGAUGCAUCGACCAUUGGUCCCCCCACAACUCUACAUUCCAGUCAAUGGUUACCACCCUAUGCCAGCUUACCCGUAUCUGCACAACUUUUACCCCAUGCAAAUCUCCAUGCCUAUGCCCCACCAGCAAGUCCAACACCCACCACAGAUAAUCCCCAAAGCUGGGUCCCACCACAGUGGAAGCGGCUCCACAUCAACAGGCUAUGUCACCACCGCUCCUUCCAGCAACUCGGUGGCAGAGAGAGCAGCUUUGCUCAGUGACAACUUUAAGACCGAGGACCAAACUGACGCCACGUCCCAGGCCAAGCUUGGGCAAAACGAGAACUCAUCAGCACCUGAGAUCGAAUUAUUGGGCGAUAAUGAGCUUCGACAAACUGAUGAGCUGGCGGCCCAGUUGUCAGAAUCAUAGGUGGGUGUGUGUAUUGAAGGAUGGGGGGAAACUAUUCUGUGAACCGUGCUUGCUUUCAGGGGGCAGCAUGAAGUGAAGCGAGUUUGCAGAGGACUUUGCAGAGACCGUUAGUGAAUGUUUAAAAAAAGCCUCUUUUGGACUGUACACUUUGAAGAUAACAGACUCAUGAUCACACUUUUUAAUAUGUCUUUCAACCUGCAAACACAACAGUACAUUUCAAUGUUUGAUUUAACUAUGACCUUGCCUGCUCCAAUGAACACAUCAUUUCCCAAUCUGCAUGUCAUGUUCCUCAAGAGGAAAUAUGGAGCUUUCGAACAUUAGAAGGAACUAAAAGUCACCAAAAAUGUUGACCAAAACAGAAGUGCUAAAAGUUGAACCUAUGUUUUACUGAUGUGAGUAUUCUGGUGCAUACUUUAGUGUGAUUUUAUGGAAAUUAUUAUGAGGGAUUCAUGUACAUCCAACAGUAGAAUGUAUGUUUUAUAGCGGUUACUAUUCUGAACAUAUGGGUGCCCAAAAAAUUGUCAUGUCAUUAACAAACAUUGUGUCCCAUCGAGGGUUGAUAAUUUAUAAGAAUUUAGCUAUCCCAAUUGUAUUAUCGAUACUGCUUCCUGAGCAAUGCCCUUCUUAAGUUGAGUUCCAAUGAGAACCAACGAGACUCAACUGUUGACAUGUGAUGUCCAGAGUCAUUUAUAGAGAGAGUAUGGACAACUCGGUUUAAAGUGAUCUUCUCAAUGAUUGGUCAAAAGGCAUUCACAUGACUACAGGGCGCCAUGUUACGUACCAGUUUGAAGCCACAGCUGAGCGACACUGCACUUCCUCAUUAUACAUUUAGUACAUCGAAGAGUGUUUGCCGAGGGUUUGCCAUUUAAACAUGCCCUGCUGUGCGGCAUGGGUAUGCGCCACUUGCAAAAAACGCUAGAAGCAAUUGCGUACGUUUCUGCACAACCCAGAAAGAAGAAAAUAUGGGAAGUGAAGGUUCGCAGGGAAGGCUGGAGAGACAAUAAUAAGUGUUUCUUGUGUGAGGUAAAGAAAUAUACAUACACCUGAGAAAUGUGGUAUACCGCAUGCUCAGUAACAGUGAAUUUAUACUCUUUGCCUGACAAAACUUUGCUUCAAAGUUGCAUCUUUUCUGCAUGUCUCCCCAUUAAUCCAAACUAAACUAAUAAAUAUUGCAGUAAAAAGCAACAUUAGUUCAGUAUUCAAGUCAAUAGGAUGUUGUCUGUCCAUCUGUAUUGGCCCUGCGAUGAGGUAGCGACUUGUCCAGGGUGUACUGCGCCUUCCGCCCGAGUGCAGCUCCAGCACCCCCCGCAACCCCGAGAGGGAAAAGCGGUAGAAAAUGGAUAGAAGAAUGGUGAUAAUUAAAUCAGAAAGCCAUGAAACAUAUGCCAUAUGAAAUCUAUUAAAAAAAGCACAGGCAUAUAUAGCGCAGUGAUUACAAACAUUACAUUGGAGACAGCCACCACAGUUGACAUACUUCACACAGAAGUCCUAAUUUCUCCGUAAUUGUUGGUCCAAAGCUAAUGAAUGUUUUGGCAAAAUAAGGGUAACGCAUUUAUUUUUGGUUGCUAUGUAUUUUCUGAAGUACAUUUCGCCGGCGCGACCGUGUUAGAGAGCCACUGGUCAAUAAACACUGCAUGAAUGUGGAGUGCAUCAAAUAUGGCCAGCAAAAUUAUAUUUUGAUGAAAAAACAAAUCUUUUCUUGAAGGUUUAUGAGCUAUAUUUAGACUUAUUAUUUGGUUUAUUAUGUCAGGAAAACUAAUGUCAGAACGACUCAAUUGCAUGCAUCUGGGCACAGCCGCCAACGUCCUAAGUACCAAUCAUGGCGCCUCUCGUUUAGUUGUCCAUACUCCCUCUAUACACGACUCUGGUGAUAUCAGUGUUUGAGGACCCUCUAGUGGCCGCAGGGCCCCGAGCAGAAGCUCAGGUAUAAUGACAAAUGGCACUGCACGGAUAAAUUCCCUCGUGGUGCUCAAGCACUUGCUCUUUUGUACUCCAUGAGAAAAGUGUCUUUUCUGGGGGAGCCCAUUUUUUUCAUUCAUUCAUGAAUGAAAAUUACUCUGUAGUCAUUCAUCCAUCCAUCCAUUUACUGCCGCUUAUCCCUUUCGGGGU